AUGCGUUUCUCUAUCAUCGCUUCAGCUCUCGCUCUCUUUGUCCCUGCUGCCUUCGGCCAGACGACGGUCUCGGUCUCAUACGAUACGGUGUACGACAACUCCUCUCAAUCUCUCAACACCGUCGCAUGUUCAGACGGACCGAAUGGCCUCGAGCGUUAUGGCUAUUCGACAAUCGGCCAGCUCCCCGAUUUUCCGUACGUCGGCGGAGCAUAUGUGGUUACCGGAUGGGGUUCGGCGGAAUGUGGGACAUGCUGGCAGCUGGUGUAUGACGGCAACACCAUUAACGUGUUGGCGAUCGACUACACCGCGACGGGCUUCAAUAUCGCUUUAGAGGCGAUGAAUGCGCUAACGGACAACCAGGCGACAUUCCUCGGAAGGGUUGAUGCUGUAGCAACCCAGGUGGAUGCAUCGAUUUUGGGACCAUUGUCGCAUUCACGAGACAUUAUCACGGACGUUGAUUGA